AAUACUCCAAUGGGUUAACUUAGGGUCGGGAAGGGGAGAGGCGGUGGCGGGCGGCUGAGGCUUUUUGUUCCUCCUCCUGUGAGAAGAGAGGAAGAGGCGGAUCGGAUUGGGAUUGGGGAUCCAUCCAUCGAUCGAUUUUGCCUUGCCAGUUUUCAUCCGGCUCCGAUUCCGCCUCUCAUCCUCCUUCCUUCCCUUGAUUCCUCUCCUCUCCUCUCCCCUCUGAGUCGGGUCGGGGUCGGGGGGAGUAGGGUUUCUCUUUCGACUUGGCGGCGGGGCGUGGGCGAAUCGGCGCACACCACAGCAUCUAUGCCCUAAGACUCAGAGGUGACUAGCUCCAUGGAGGACGAUGACGAUGACCAACGCUUGCUUCACAGCCUUGGUGUCACGUCCGCAGACAUCCACGAUAUUGAAAGGAGAAUCAUAUCACAGGCAACAACUGAUCCUGCCGACUCAUCUGGACCAACCAUCAAUGGAGGUCAUCAGCCUGAUGAUGCUCUCGCCAAACUGCAUCACAAACUGCGCUCUGUGCAAAUUGAAAUUGAUGCUGUAGCCUCCACCAUCAAAGGAGCUAAGCUUAAGCAACCAUCCGGAAAUAAACCACAUGAGCAUAAAGGCAAGGACCAGCCAGAUCAUCAUGGAGCAGGACACCUCCAGCAAGCCCUUGCUGCCGACCGUCUUACAAGCCUCAGGAAAGCUAAAGCACAGAUACAGAAAGAGAUACUACAGUCACAUCCUUCUCCAUCUGCCUCCAAUCGAAAAGAUAAAAUGCUGGCCAUGCUGGUCCAAGACGAGCCGAGGCACAAAAAGCCACCCGUAGGGCCUAAAAACAUCGUGAAACGCCCGAUGAAAACUGUCACCUAUGAUGAUGACAACAACUUCGAUGCAGUGCUUGAUGGAGCCUCUGCGGGAUUUAUGGAAACUGAAAGGGAAGAACUGAUCAGGAAGGGUUUGUUGACACCAUUCCAUAAGUUGAAGGGCUUCGAGAAACGUGUGGAACUACCCGAACCUUCUCAUAGACAAGAUGAUUCUGCAGGACAAACUGAAGAAGCCAUGGAAGCUUCCAGGAUUGCUAGAGUUGCUCAGUCGCUAAAGCAGAUUGCACAGAACCGCCCAGCAACCAAAUUGCUUGAUUCAGAGUCUUUACCUAAGCUAGAUGCACCUGCUGCCCCAUUUCAGAGACUUGGAAAACCCCUAAAGCGUCCUGUCUCUCCCAGUUCAGAUGAGCAGGAAAAGAAGAGACCAAGAAAUAAGACCAAAAGACCACUGCCUGGCAAGAAAUGGAGGAAAGCAAACUCAAUUAAGGAAUCAUCAUUGGAUGACAACGAUGUUGGAGAGGCAGCUGUGUCAGUUUCAGAUGAUGAUGAAGAUCAAGUUACAGAAGGCUCUGAUGAGUUAACUGAUGUUACCCUUGAAGGAGGUUUGAGAAUUCCUGGCACACUUUACACGCAACUAUUUGACUACCAGAAAGUGGGAGUGCAGUGGCUAUGGGAGUUGCAUUGUCAAAGGGCUGGUGGAAUAAUUGGAGAUGAAAUGGGCCUGGGAAAGACUGUGCAGGUCUUGUCAUUUCUUGGUUCCUUGCAUAACAGUGGGCUCUACAAGCCUAGCAUUGUUGUUUGUCCUGUAACCCUUUUGCAACAGUGGCGAAGGGAGGCCAGUAGAUGGUAUCCAAAGUUCAAGGUUGAGAUCUUACAUGACUCUGCAAACAGUUCAUCUAAAAAGAGCAAGAGGUCUAGUGAUUCUGACAGUGAAGCUUCCUGGGAUAGUGAUCAGGAAGAAGCGGUUACAUGUUCAAAACCUGCAAAGAAGUGGGAUGACUUGAUUUCACGUGUUGUGAGUUCAGGAUCAGGUUUGCUUCUGACCACAUAUGAGCAGUUAAGGAUCCUAGGGGAGAAGUUGCUUGAUAUAGAAUGGGGAUAUGCUGUAUUGGAUGAGGGUCACCGCAUUAGGAAUCCUAAUGCUGAGAUUACUCUUGUGUGCAAGCAAUUGCAGACCGUGCACAGGAUAAUUAUGACAGGUGCACCUAUUCAAAACAAACUUUCGGAGCUUUGGUCUCUCUUUGAUUUUGUGUUCCCUGGAAAACUAGGUGUCCUGCCUGUGUUUGAGGCUGAGUUUUCUGUUCCAAUUACUGUUGGUGGGUACGCUAAUGCAACACCAUUGCAAGUGUCCACGGCGUAUCGAUGUGCUGUUGUCCUACGUGACCUGGUCAUGCCGUACCUUCUUAGAAGAAUGAAAGCUGAUGUCAAUGCACAGCUUCCCAAGAAAACAGAGCAUGUUCUUUUCUGUAGUCUAACUACUGAGCAACGUGCUACUUAUCGUGCAUUUCUUGCUAGUUCGGAGGUGGAACAAAUCUUUGAUGGUAACAGAAAUUCCCUUUAUGGGAUAGAUGUUCUAAGGAAGAUAUGCAAUCAUCCUGAUCUACUUGAGAGAGAACAUGCUGCUCAGAAUCCUGACUAUGGGAAUCCUGAAAGAAGUGGAAAGAUGAAAGUGGUUGAGCAAGUUCUUAAAGUAUGGAAAGAACAAGGUCAUCGUGUUCUUCUUUUCACUCAGACACAACAAAUGCUUGACAUUAUGGAGAACUUCUUGACAGCUUGCGAAUACCAAUACCGAAGAAUGGAUGGACUUACACCUGCAAAGCAAAGAAUGGCACUUAUUGAUGAAUUCAAUAACACAGAUGAAAUUUUUAUUUUCAUUCUGACCACGAAAGUUGGUGGACUGGGUACGAAUUUGACUGGUGCAAACCGGAUUAUUAUAUAUGAUCCUGACUGGAAUCCUUCAACUGACAUGCAGGCUAGGGAACGUGCAUGGCGAAUUGGGCAAACUAGAGAUGUGACAGUUUAUAGACUGAUCACGCGUGGGACAAUAGAGGAGAAAGUCUACCAUCGUCAGAUAUACAAGCAUUUCCUCACAAACAAAGUACUGAAAGACCCUCAGCAGAGGCGGUUUUUUAAAGCCAGAGACAUGAAGGAUUUGUUUACGCUGCAAGAUGAUGACAAUAAUGGCUCAACUGAAACAUCAAAUAUUUUCAGCCAAUUGUCUGAGGAUGUGAAUAUCGGAGUUCCGAGUGACAAGCAACAAGACCAGCUAUAUGCAGCCUCUGCUACACCGACAACCUCUGGGACUGAACCGAGCUCAUCCAGGCAUGGACAGGGUAAAGAAGACCAUUGCCCUGACCAAGCAGAUGAAGAAUGCAACAUUUUGAAGAGCCUUUUUGAUGCUCAAGGCAUUCAUAGUGCGAUCAAUCAUGAUGCCAUAAUGAACGCUAAUGAUGACCAGAAGCUGCGCCUAGAAGCAGAAGCUACACAGGUGGCACAAAGGGCAGCUGAAGCUUUACGCCAAUCACGGAUGCUCAGAAGUCAUGAAAGUUUUUCUGUUCCUACAUGGACUGGAAGAGCUGGUGCUGCGGGGGCACCAUCCUCUGUCCGCAGGAAGUUUGGGUCAACACUCAAUACCCAGUUGGUUAAUUCUUCUCAGCCAUCAGAAACUUCAAAUGGCAGGGGCCAAAGUCUUCAGGUGGGUGCUCUAAAUGGCAAAGCACUGUCCUCCGCUGAGCUUCUGGCCAGGAUACGUGGAACCCGAGAGGGAGCAGCUUCAGAUGCACUAGAACAUCAACUCAACCUGGGAUCAGCUUCCAAUCACACAUCGAGUUCAUCAGGGAAUGGCCGUGCAUCAAGCUCUUCUACUAGGAGCAUGAUCGUACAGCCUGAAGUCCUAAUCCGCCAAUUGUGCACCUUCAUACAGCAGCAUGGUGGUUCCGCCAGCUCAACAAGUAUAACUGAACACUUCAAGAACCGGAUACUGUCCAAGGAUAUGCUGCUGUUUAAGAAUCUGCUGAAGGAAAUAGCUACGUUGCAAAGAGGUGCAAAUGGUGCAACGUGGGUGCUGAAACCUGACUACCAGUAAUAUUAGCUAUAGCUGCAAAGUUUUGGCUAGGUGUAGCGAACAGCAUAAAUUAAUUUCAUUCAGAUUGGAGAUGCAAAAAUCGAUGAGGGAAAUGCCUCUAAUGCCUUUUUGAUGAAGACUGAAUUCUUUUUGUAGGCAAUAUACAACUUUUGUAGGGUAGAUAUACAAAUCUGAAACAAAAACAUGUAGGUGACAGGUUGUAAAUGCAUGAAUACAGACAUUUGUCGCUGGAAGCAUUUCUUGUGGAUUUUUUGUAGCUGUAUUGAAUGAUCAGUGGUAUGUUGUCCGUUAUUUGUA